GAACAGAGUAUCUGUCAGGCAAGAACUGCUUUGAUGGUCUAUGAUGAUGCCAAUAAAAAGUGGAUGCCAGCUGGUGGUUCAACCAGGUUCAGCAGAGUUCAUAUAUAUCAUCAUACAGGCAACAACACAUUCAGAGUGGUGGGCAGGAAGAUUCAGGACCAUCAGGUAGUGAUAAAUUGUGCCAUUCCUAAAGGGUUGAAGUACAAUCAAGCUACACAGACCUUCCACCAAUGGUGGGAUGCUAGACAGGUGUAUGGUCUCAACUUUGGCAGCAAAGAAGAUGCCAAUGUCUUCGCAAGUGCCAUGAUGCAUGCCUUAGAAGUGUUGAAUUCACAGGAAACAGGGCCAACAUUGCCUAGACAAAAUUCACAAUUACCUGCCCAAGUUCAGAAUGGCCCAUCACAAGAAGAAUCGGAAAUUCAAAGAAGGCAACAACAAGAACAGCAACAACAAAAGGAGCUGGAGAGGGAAAGGCUGGAGAGAGAAAGAAUGGAAAGGGAGAGAUUGGAGAGGGAGAGGUUAGAAAGGGAAAGGCUGAAGAGGGAGAGACUAGAACAGGAGCAGCUGGAGAGAGAGAGACAAGAAAGGGAACGUCAGAAUCGCCUGGAGCGGGAGAGACAAGAGCGGGAGAGGCUGGACCAGGAAAGGCAAGAAAGACAGCGGCAAGAGCAGCUAGAAAGGGAGCCACCGGAAUGCGAGCGAGAGCGAAGAAUUGUUCUCCCUUCUCCCUCUGCAGCUGCCCCUGCCUCUGUGGAGGUUCCUCUAAACUCUGUGCUGGGAGCCUCUUCUUCUGAGCCAGGCUUGCAGGCAGUCUCUCAGCUGGCCGAGACUCCAGCCCAACAGGGCACUGUCUUGGGACCACCUGCACCUCCACUCCCUCCUCCACCUCCGCCAGGUCCUGCCCAGGCAUCAGCAGCACUCCCUCCUCUCCCAGGACCUCCUCCACUCCCUCCACUUCCGUCCUCAGGGCCCCCGCCUCCGCCUCCUCCAUCACCUCUUCCUAAUCAAGUACCCCCUUCUCCCUCAUCACCUCCUCCCCUCCCUGCAUCUGGAUUUUUUUCGGGAUCCAUGUCUGAAGACAAUCGCCCUUUAACUGGACUUGCAGCUGCAAUUGCUGGAGCAAAACUUAGGAAAGUGUCAAGGAUGGAGGAUGCCUCCUUCCCAAGCGGAGGGAACACCACUGGUGUGAAUUCGGCCUCAUCUAAAACAGAUAUGGGUCGUGGAAAUGGACCCCUUCCUUUAAGGGGUAGUGGUUUAAUGGAAGGAGUGAGUGCCCUGCUGGCCAGGAGGAGAAGAAUUGCUGAAAAGGGAUCAACAAUAGAAACAGAACAAAAAGAGGACAAUGAAAAUUCAGAGCCGGUAACUUCUAAGGCCUCUUCAACAAGUACACCUGAACCGACAAGAAAACCUUGGGAAAGAACAAAUACAAUGAAUGGCAGCAAGUCUGUUGUUCCAGACAGACCAAAAUCUGCGCCCUCGUUACAGCCCAGUGCCAACGGAGUCCAGGCGGAGGGACUGUACUAUGACAGGCUGAAGCAGGACAUUUUAGAUGAAAUGAGAAAAGAAUUAACUAAGCUAAAAGCAGAGCUCAUUGAUGCAAUCAGGCAGGAACUGAGCAAGUCAAAUACUGCAUAGAGAAUCAAACUAAGGAGAGAUAGGACUUUAAUC